AUGGGAAACUCCAAAAGCGGCGCCGUUUCCAAGGAGAUCCUGGAAGACCUGAAACUCCACACCAAGUUCUCGGAGAUGGAGAUCACCCAGUGGUACGACAACUUCAAGCGGCAGUGUCCGAGCGGUCGCCUGAGCAAGGAUGAGUUCCAGACCAUCUACAGCAAGUUCUUCCCGGACAGCGAGGGCAACUCGUACGCUCAGCACGUCUUCCGAUCCUUCGACACCAACGACGACGGCACCCUGGACUUCAAGGAGUACAUCAUCGCCCUGCACAUGACCUCCACCGGGAAGACCACCAGGAAGCUGGAGUGGGCCUUCUCGCUCUUCGACGUGGACAAAAACGGAUACAUCACCAAGUCGGAGGUCCGGGAAAUUUGCGCGGCCAUUUUCAAGCUGAUCCCCAAAGACGAAGUGGCCCAUCUUCCUGAAGACGAGAACACGGCGGAAAAAAGGGCCGAAAAACUCUGGAAUUACUUUGACAAGGGCGAAAAUGAACGUGUGGCGGAAGGCGAAUUUAUCCAAGGUGUGUUGGACAACGACGACGCUCUCCGCUUGAUCCAAUACCAACCCACCAAGUAA